UUUCUCAAGCAGGAAGAGAUGCUGGACAAGGUGGAGAUCUGGGCACAGAAGUACCCUUACGCUCACCCGUUCUGGUCUGGGAGUUUCUCAGCAUUCCUGAUUAUCACCGAUCCCGACUAUGCCAAGGCUCUGCUGGCCAGAGCAGAUCCCAAGGAUAACCUCAGCUAUAAACACCUCGUCCCGUGGAUCGGGAACGGGUUGCUGAUCUUACAUGGGCCAAAAUGGCACCAACAUCGAAAACUCCUGACUCCCGGGUUUCAUUAUGAUGUCUUGAAACCGUACGUGGCCCUGAUGGCAGAGUCGACUAAUGUGAUGCUGGAUAAAUGGGAGCAGCUGAUCACAGAUGGGAAACCAGUGGAGCUCUUUGAGCACGUCAGCUUGAUGACUCUCGAUAGCAUCAUGAAAUGUGCCUUCAGUUAUCACAGCAACUGCCAGACUGACAGGAAUAACACCUACAUCCAGGCUGUCUACAACCUGUGCCACAUGGUGCACCAGCGCCUCCGCAUCUUCCCCUACCACAAUGACAUCAUUUACUGGCUCAGCCCCCACGGAUAUCAGUUCAGGAAGGCCUGCCAGGUUGCUCACGACCACACAGACAAGGUGAUCCAUGAGCGAAAGGAGUCCCUUAAAGAUGAACGGGAAUUUGAAAAGAUCCAGAAUAAGAGACAUUUGGACUUCUUGGACAUUCUCCUGUGUGCCAAAGUGAGUGGCAAGCAGUGG